GUGCGAGUGGAGCGCCCAAGCCAUGGUGGCCAAGCAGCGGAUCCGGAUGGCCAACGAGAAGCACAGCAAGAACAUCACCCAGAGGGGGAACGUAGCCAAGACCCUGAGACCACAAGAAGAGAAAUAUCCUGUGGGACCAUGGCUGUUGGCAUUGUUUGUUUUUGUUGUCUGUGGUUCAGACAGACUUGGCUUCACCACAUUUGAAGUGGAGCAUCCACACUGGAGAUUGCUAGAACCUUCCCAACAUGGCAAUGCUACUGACAAUGGGCACAUUUGAGGAACUGAAAGCAUUUGGGAGAAACCCUUCUCUCAACUAAAGAAAAAAUUGACCACAUGUGCCUGCUCUGGAAUUCCUGCCUCAGGAGCUGAGACGGAUGAUCUGGAGAUAUCUCUUCGACCAUUGGCAUCCUCAAGCCAUCUUCCAAAUCAUCCAGAGCAUAAGGAUGGGCAUGUGAGUAGACCCUCCCUCUGGAGGGUGAGGACCGCGUAAGCUUUUAUCCAGGUGAGAAGCAAAUAAGCCACAGACUAGAAGAGGAAACAAAAUAUUAAAGGCCUCUGAUAGCUUCUUCGUGGAUGUCAGACCAAAUUGCCUUCUCCCAGGACAUCUCCAGCAGCUCCUCCAUUUUCUCCAGUGGAAAAGGACUUUUUCUUCUCUGUGGCAGGAGCUGGGGGUCUGAACCAAGUGCUGUUUGUCUUCCCCGUUUCCACUCAUGUUAGCAUGCAGGCCUCAGAAUGACAGCAAUCACGGAGUGAUCUUCUGUGAAGUCAGUCUCUCUUCCUUCUAUGGGGAAUUGGUUUUACAAAUAAAUGUCUCUAUUCAACCUU